AGAAUGGCUCUUGGAAAUGGCUCUUUGGUGACUGAAUUCAUUCUGUUGGGAUUAACAGACCAACCAGAGCUCCAAUUCCCCCUGUUCUUCCUGUUUCUAAUAAUUUACAUGGUCACUGUGUUGGGAAAUAUGAGUUUGAUAUUUCUAAUUGGGCUGAACUCACACCUACACACUCCCAUGUACUUUUUUCUGUUUAAUUUGUCUUUAAUAGACCUCUGUUAUUCUUCUGUGAUUACACCCAAAAUGCUGAUUAACUUCAUAUCAAAGAAUAUUAUCUCCUAUAUGGGGUGCAUGACUCAGCUCUACUUUUUCUGUUUUUUUGGUAUUUCUGAAUGCUACAUGCUGACAUCAAUGGCCUAUGAUCGCUAUGUGGCCAUCUGUAAACCACUUUUGUAUAAUGUUGCCAUGUCCCCUAACGCAUGGUCCAGCCUUAUGCUUGGCUCAUACUUGAUGGCAUUUUCUGGUGCCAUGGCCCACACCGGAUGUAUGCUGAGACUGACCUUCUGUGAUGCAAACACCAUCAACCAUUAUAUGUGUGACGUCUUCCCUCUGCUCAAGCUCUCCUGCACGAGCACCUACAUCAAUGAGCCGGAAGUUUUCAUUGUGGUGGGCAUCAACAUCAUUGUGCCCAGUCUCACCGUCUUUAUCUCUUAUGGUUUCAUCCUCUCCAGCAUCCUCCGCAUCCGCUCCACAGAGGGCAGGUCCAAAGCCUUCGGCACUUGCAGUUCCCACAUAAUUGCUGUUUCUCUCUUCUUUGGAUCAGGUGUAUUUGUGUAUCUCAAACCAUCUUCUGCUGGGUCUAUGGAUGAGGGGAAAAUCUCCUCUGUCUUCUAUACCAAUGUCAUUCCCUCAAUGAACCCUUUAAUCUACAGUUUGAGGAACAAAGAUGUCAAAAUUGCUCUGAGAAGAACUCUGAGUAGGAGAAAGCUCUGA